AUGGCGCCCGCUGAGCCCAACGCAAAACCAUUUGAGGUGCAAGGCGAGCUUCCCGUAUUUGCGGAAGAACGUAAAGGAUGGAAAGGUUACGUGGAGUGGGAGAGAUAUCCCGAGAAGAAAAAGCAGGCCGCUGAAGUUUUGGCGAGAUACGAUUUUCCUGUCGUCAGUAAAAACAUUCCCGUACAAUGGCGAACCGCAAAGGAGAUCGACCCUGAAGAGUACUUCUUCGAAGUCGAAGGUCUCGUGAACAAGCCAAUGAAACUCACACUCAAAGACCUUCAAGAUGAGAGUAGAUUCCCCCGAAUGUCGACCGCAGUCACACUCCAGUGCAGUGGCACACGCCGUAUUGAGCAGAUUCAUGACUAUCCUGGUGACGGAGACGAGCUGAUCAACGCGCCCUGGGGAGAAGGCGCGAUCGGAACCGCUCGCUACGUCGGUGUGAGCUUGAAGAAGGUCAUCAAGUACUGUGGCGGCCUGAAAGAAGAGGGCAAGAACAUUGAGUUCUUUGGUGCUGACUCGUACUUCAAGAAGGGGCAAAUCUAUAACUAUGCAGUCAGUGUACCGACGCACAAGAUGAAAGUAAACGAGGUAAUGCUUGCAUGGGAAAUGAAUGGCGAGCCGCUUCCAGCGAUUCACGGAGCACCCCUUCGCGUCGUAGUCAUGGGCUAUAUUGGUGCUCGGAGUUGCAAGUGGCUCACGCGGAUCAACGUUAUUCGCGACCCAUCCAUGGCUCCUGUCCAGAUGAAAGAAUACAUCUACUACACACCUCAGAUCGGCAAGCACAACGCCACAUACAGCAAUGGAUUCAGUAUCCAAACGAUGCCCGUCGCAAGCGCCAUCAUGACACCAGUCGAUAAGGACGUGAUAAUACACGAUGGAAAGAUCAAAAUGACCGGGUGGGCGUAUAGUGGUAGCGGGUGGCCUGAGCGAGUCGAAGUCAGCAACGAUGGCGGAGGUGUCUGGUAUGAGGUGCCAUACGAUCAACUCAGCAAGAAGUACUUCCAUGCUUGGCGCACCUGGGAAAUCGACAUUCCGGUGGAUGCGGAAGGAUGGCUUGUGAACCGAAGCAAGCCUCAGACGGCUAAACGCCUCAAGAUGUACGAAGACCAUGGAACCGACUUUCUGCCUCUGACUAGGCCGGCGCCGUUUGAUCUUGAGACAGAAGAGGAGUACCUUGAGGAGAUGAAGAAGCGUGAAGGCCGUGACCCGGUCGAGUAG